AUGGUGCUCGUCAAGGACUUCAAGGUGGUCAGCCCCAACGUGGAGUACAGCGAGGACGCCAUUACCUCCAAUUACGACUACCAGACCACCGAGGUGAAGAUGACCGCGGAUGGCGCUUGGGAGCUGCAUCCCAAGACUGUGGCCUACAAGUUCAAAACCGACCGCCGCGUGCCGAAGCUGGGAGUCAUGCUCGUGGGUCUGGGUGGCAACAACGGCACCACCGUCACCGCGGGUAUCCUCGCCAACAAGCAGUGA